CGGGAGGAUAGGGCGAGUUCUAGGGAAGGGCGGGGGAUACAAGAAUGGUUUUUAACAUUAUGUAGCUCCCACGUGAGUGUGUGUGGCUGAAAUACUUACACACAGCUGACAAGUGUGUGUGUGUGCAGGACCCUGCUGGUGGUGUAGCAGGGGCGUUGAAGCCUCCUGCCAGGCUUGGGAGCGUUGUGUUGUGGUGGUGUAGCUGGUAUCAGCUCCUGCCCUGCCCGUCCUCACCAUGUGUAACGAGACGGACUUCACCCUGGUGGCGGCGACGCUGGCUGUUGUCUCCUGCGUGGCCGUCGUCUUCCUCCUCCUCUACUGCCAGGCUGCCCGCGACGUCAAGCAAUUGUUAGCGGAUCGGAACCUGCCUGUCCCCAAGGCCCUAAAGUCAACUGUUGCACCGACCAAUACCAUCCAAGUCCACCAAACUCUGUCCUCCGCACACGACCCAGGCGCCCAACUGCCGCCCACUGCAGACUCCCAAAUGAAGUCCAACCUACACAUCGGCGAUGCCAACAAGUUCUUUACCUCCCACACCUUCGGCAGCCACCUGUUGCCCAAGACUCACGUUCAUGAUCACCGUUCGCUAGUUACCAUCCCAAAUGAUGAUAUAUUCAUGCUGCCCACCAGCCAAGUCCCUGAGGGCCACCUGCAGCCCUCCAGUAGGUGGCUGCCACCCUACCAGAUAGUGGACGGCAGGGAACCCGUGGCCUGCAGUCCGCCUUCCCGUCGUCGCCACUUGGCCUCCACAAAGCUUCUAAUGUACCAAACAUUCCCGAUGCGAAGGGUACCAGAGAACACCUAUGAUGAGAUGUAUCUGAACGAUCUGCCUCCACCACCCAAGUCCUUCAGUUUAUUGUUUCACCCUCAGAAGUGUGGGAAGAUGCUGGGAAGAGAGUGAGUGGGGGUGAAGCAGCAGCCAGGGUGGGGUGCGUCACGCUUGCGUCCCAAACCUGCCCACCACCACACCUCCGCACCAAUAACCCACAUCUACAUGGGCACUCGUCCAACUCCUGUCUCACCCUCAUGCCUCGGGUGCUUCCCGACCCCACUACAGGACCCACAUCACUGGACACCAUCAACGACAUGUACAAGAGCGCUGGGCCUUAACGUCCUGUAUCUAUAUUCACUAAACGCCAUCUAUUUCUUCCUUAAUGGUAAUGUCACAAAAGUUCUUAAGGAACCCUGUAGGUAUUCUCCUUCACAUGAUUCAGGAGAGAAUUCGCACAAACAUUUUAAGAAUUUUGUACUAGUUCAUUUGCCACUAGUACUUUUGCGUUUGACCAAUCACCAUGAAGUCAAACGCAACACGUUUGACGUUUUAUAUAUAUAUAUAUAUAUAUAU